UCGCUAGGUUUGCCGAACCAACUGUCCUCCGGGAACCCCUAAAGAGAAAAAAAGCCUAAAAAAAUCCUCAUCUCUCGCCGCCUUCUUCUUCUUCAAGAAAUCUCUUUCCUCUUUCAAUUUGAAAUUCCCAAAAAAAAAAAUUAAAAUGGUGUUUAAUUCUUCUAAAGCCAGAUCAAGCGGGCCGGUGCUACGCUCUGUAUCACCGUCCGGUCGUUUCUACGGCGGCGUAUCAUCUCCGUCGUCAUCAGGUUUCGCUUCCUCAACGAGCUCGAGCUUCUCGUCUACAUCCUUUUUCAGCAACAGCCGUCAGCAGCAUCAUCCCCACCACAGAUCCGCGUCUCCCACCCGCGUUAACCUCUUCACAUCAACGCCGGUGAAUCAGUCGUUCCGUUACUCGAUCGAUAACAGAUCCGUUUCCCCCAAUCAAUCCGUCGCCGUUUCGAAGCCGAAUAAGAUCCCCGAUUCGAGGAGGAGGUGUAUGUGUUCGCCGACGACUCAUCCCGGAUCCUUCCGGUGCAGCUUGCAUAAGAACGUGGCGAAUCCGCACGGUCAAGGCUCGGCGGCGACGUAUUCGACUAACGGUUUGAACAUGCGUAGAUCGGCGAUGACGAAUUCGCUGGUGAGGAUCGGUGGCGUUGAAGGUGAGUGGGUGAGAAGAGCGUUGACGACGCUGAUAAGGCCGUCGUCGCAUCAGCUCAAGAGGCGAUCUGCUUAUCAGCCGAGGCCUAGCAGGCUAUCGGCUAUGUCGAAGGCGGAUGGUGUUUGAUCUGGUUAUCAGGUUUGUUCUUGUUUCUGAAUCAUCCACAGUUUCUGGAUAGAUCCGGCGAAGAAGUCUGGAUCUGAAGCGAGUUGGAUCUGCGCGGAUGGGCCGGGUCAAACCGGACGGAGAUAUGUAAAAAACGGAGACUGAAACGACACCGUCUUUUAAGACUUGUUAUGUUGGGUGAAGAUGAGAUUGUACCUUAGUACUCAUAUGAUUAUCGAAGCAGAUAAUGUUUCCGUAACCAGAAAAUAUCUUAGAACAAAUUAAAAAAAAAAAAUCGAACAGCAGUGUUGAAUUGCGUAAUUAAAACUGGAUAUGGAACAAGGGACUUGAUAUGUUUUUUGGAAUCCCGUUUGAGAUUUGCGUUGUUUGCCUUCACCGUUAUCUGUUCCGUCAACGUUCUCUACUGCCGUAGACCCGUUCCGUUUGCCGUUAACCGUCGUCGUGUGGCUCGUUACGUGUUACGUUAUGAUUCCCAGGUAUGUUGUUCGUCGUGUGUGAGGUACGUAUCGUUUAUUCUUUUUUUUUCAUUUGGUUAAUUCCGUUUUUUUUUUUCCUUUUGAACGGUUGAUCUGUUUUGUUGUUGUUGUGUUAACGUGUUUUUCAGGUUUUGUACGAAGGGGGAGAAAGAACAUGACUUAGGCUAACCGUUACAUUCAACACUAGUUUUUGUGGACUUUGAACAUAAGAAGAAACUGGACUGUAAGAAAAAAUCAACAUUUUGACCUUGGUACAUUUAUGUGGGACAAUAAGAAGCUCGAGAGAACAAAGAAAAUUAGUAUCGCAUUUUGUGAAUCAUAGACCUAAGUUUUCGAAAGGAGAUUCUUGAAACCACUAAGGCGGGUUAACAUGGCACUAGAAAAACUAUUCGAAGAAA